CCCUCCCCUCGGUGGGGAGCCCCCAGCCGGGCCGGGUGCCCCCCCCACUGCCAACGGCUCAGUGAAGGUGAAGAAGCCGAUCCAGACCAAGUUCCGCAUGCCCGUCUUCAACUGGGUGGCCCUGAAGCCGAGCCAGAUCGACGGCACCGUCUUCACCGAGCUCAACGAUGAGAAGGUGCUGCAGGAGCUGGACAUGAGUGACUUUGAGGAGCAGUUCAAGACCAAGGCGCAGGGCCCCGCCCUGGACAUCAGUGCCCUCAAGGCCAAGGCCACGCAGAAGGCGCCCAGCAAGGUGACCCUCAUGGAGUCCAACCGGGCCAAGAACUUGGCCAUCACCCUGCGCAAGGCUGGCCGCAGCAUCCAGGACAUCUGCACGGCCAUCGAGACGUACGACCAGCAAGUGCUGAGCCUCGACUUCCUGGAGCUGCUGCUGCGCUUCCUGCCCACCGAGUACGAGCGGACCCUGAUCGGGAAGUUCGAGCGGGACCAGCAGCCGCCGGAGGAGCUCUCGGACGAGGAUCAGUUCAUGAUCCGCUUCAGCAAGAUCCCGCGCCUGGCCGAGCGCAUGAACGUCAUGAUCUUCCUGGGCAGCUUCGGCGACACGGCCCAGCUGCUGAUGCCGCAACUCAACGCCAUCAUCGCCGCCUCCAUGUCCCUCAAGUCCUCCAGCAAACUGCGCCACAUCCUCGAGAUUGUGCUGGCCUUCGGGAACUACAUGAACAGCAGCAAGCGCGGGGCUGCCUACGGCUUCCGGCUGCAGAGCCUUGAUGCGCUCCUGGAGAUGAAGUCGACAGACCGCAAGCAGACGCUGCUGCACUACCUGGUGCGGGUGAUCAUGGAGAAGUACCCGGAGCUCACCGGCUUCCACACCGAGCUGCACUUCCUUGACAAGGCAGGCACAGUGUCCCUGGACGGUGUCCUGCAAGACGUGCGCAGCCUGCAGCAGGGCAUGGAGCUGACCCGCAGGGAGUUCAUGAGACAGGACGACAGCCCCGUGCUCAAGGACUUCCUCAAGAGCAACUCGGAGGUGAUGGAGAAGCUGCAGGCUGACAGCAAAACUGCCAAGGAAGCAUAUGAGUCAGCUGUGGAGUAUUUUGGGGAGAACCCCAAGACCAGUCCCCCCACCACCUUCUUCCCCAUGUUCCUGCGCUUCAUCAAAGCCUACAAGAAAGCAGAGCAGGACAUCGAGCUGUGGAAGAAACAAGAGGCUGCAGCCAAAGAGGCGGAUUCUGGCUCCCCUGGCAGCGAGCAGCAGCCCGAGCUGCCUGUCCAGAAGGCCAGGAGGCAGCAGAUGGACAUGAUUGCUGAGCUGAAGAAGAAGCAGAUGGUGAAGGAGCCGCUCAUCUACGAAGGCAAAGAUGGGGCCAUUGAGGAUAUAAUUUCAGCUCUCAAAACUGUCCCUUUCACUGCCCGGACGGGCAAACGCUCGUCCCGGCUCUUCUGCGACGUGAGCUUCAACGAGGAGAGUCCUCUGUAGAUCUGCGGAACAACCCGUACCGGCGGGGGGACAAGGCCCGCGGCAGCGCCAAGAAACGGGCGGCGGGGCAGAGCCUGCAGGCGACGCCGGACAUCGUGCUGUGACCGGCGCCGUCCCUGCGGCUGCAGGAGCGGGGCAGGACCAUCCUCCGGACGCGGAUGGCACCGCGGGGUGUCAGUCCCUCAGCCCGGGGCUCGGCGGGGCGGGGGGACACUGCCCGCUCCGAGCUGCUGCAGCCGCUUAGCGUGCCAGCCCCGCCGUGCCUGCCUGGGCCGGGCACGGGCACCCCGCCGCUUGCUUGGCCAUGUCCCCGAGCUCCUUUCCCCAGGCUGGCAGGGCUGGAGGCCCUCCUGGCUACGGACAGGGAGGGGGAAGCAUAGAAAGGGCCCCAGCUUGUCCUAGAAGGAAAAGAGGGGCUGUCCCAUCCCUGCCCCGGCGCUGCUCCCUCGCUCGCCGGCCGCGGGGCCAGCCCUGUGUCCCACCUCAGCUUGCUGGUGCCUUUGACUGCCGCUGCGGGAGGGGAGGAGGUGUCAGCCAGGACCACAAAAUCCCCGCAUAUCUCCCCCGCACAUCUCCCCCGGCCCGCAGAGCCCCCGAGACCGCGUUCUCCUGCGCUGCAGAGCCAGCGAGGAGCUGCUGCAAAGCUCCCACCCCGGGCACCUCCCGGAGCCAAGGGCUGGCAGCGGUGCUAUUUUACAUGAUUUUAUAAGUCUUCCUUCGAAUUUCUCUGUGCUGCGGCAGCAGGGAUCGGAACACCCGCGCACAGGGUGUUCCCAAGGCUGUGGCCAGCAGCGCUGGGCUGCUCUUCGCCGCAGGGGAGGCUCCGGAGCUGCGACAAUCGGGAGCAGGGACAAGUUCCUGCGAGGUGGUGGCACCUCCGCCCACCUGCAUCCCCAGCAUCCACCUGCACUGUCGGGGCUGGCGCCUCUGGGAUAAACAGGGGCUGUCAGCCCUGCGGGCUCCCCGUUUUCUCGGGUGGGACACGCAGGAGAUGCCGGCAGCCCCCGCGGGGUCCCUGCUGCCCAGAGCCCCAGAGCCUCUCGGUACCGGACUGGACCCGACCGCCGCUCCCUCCCCUGCCCCGCUGCUGCCGAGCAACGCCGAGCCCGCAGUGCCGCAGCUGAACCCCCCGGCGCAUUUACUCCAUCAAACGGCCCCGCUCUCCCCAUGCCAGGACGCUCCUCCCUCCUCCCGUCCUUUCUCCCUCGUCCCAGCUUUAGCCAGAGCAGCCGCUGCUUCCUGCUGUAUUUAAGCCGCUUCAGCGCCGGCUCCGUGUCCGGGGAGGGAUGGGAAAUGAAUAUGUAACUUAUAAAUGCCUUUAAGCCAGAAAUGUAAACCAUUAACUGCUCAUUUGUAUACAUUAUUUUUAUAUACUGAAGGCCUGUUUAAUCUAAAGCAGAGCUGGAAAUAAAAUGCCUCAGAGGAUAACGGA